AUGAAGGGGAGAGGCCCUAAGUAUACAGGGGGAGAAGGAGAAGCCCAGCCAUCCCAGUGUCUCAGCCAAGCCCAGGCCCUUGUUGACCUAUCAGCUGAAUGGAUCCACAUGAGUGACCACUGCCCCCUGGGCCAGCAUCAUGACACCAUCCGCUUUCGUCAAAUGUUAUGUCCAGAUCCCUUGUGUAAGGUGUGUAAUAGAACAACUGCUGAGGUCGGUAAGCUGCUGUUUGGGGAGCCUGUUGAAGACGUUUACCCCUAUGUGUCGUCUGUGGCUUCCACAGUGCCUAUAACUGAAUCAUCCACUCUGGCCCCCUCAGAACAGCCUCUAGAAGACUCAAGACCAGCCUUUCUGCCUGAGCCCUCUGUACCUCUCUCCUCCACUCUCUCACCUGACCUGAUGACUCCCUUAGUGGAUACUCUUUCAAACUCACCACCGGGUGACUCUCUGUCACCAGAGCCUAUUUCUCCCUUGGAUUCCACAUUCCCAGUGAACCAUUUUCCACCUCAACCACUUGCCUUAUCCCCAUUCCCACUACAUCACGCUCAGAGAGUGGAUCACAUCCCACAACCUGAUCUCAAUUUGUCUCUGAACACCAAUUCCUCACUUGACCCCACCUUGUCUCAAGAUAUGAACUUCUCACCAUAUUUGUCUGACACAAUGGAUCUCACUGAUUCAUUCACCUGUCAUUACACAUCACCAACCCUGUCUGCUUUACAACCACCAGACCAUAAUUUAACUCAGCCUAAAUUGAUAGCAGUCUCACAGAAGCCUGUCCCUGAGGGCUCAUCUCCAGCAAGCCCUGGGGGGUUGGCCCCUUAUAUGCCAGCAGGUACAGACAUGAACCGUUCUACAAUGAAUAUUUCAGAAUUCUCCUCGUGGCCAGCUCAUGCCAAGGACUGGUUUCCCCUCACUUUGACAAAGUGCGAUUUCAACCAAAAGCUUCUUCCCUUCUAUUCAUCAGAGGUUUCUUUUGGGGGAAACCUUGCAACCAACUCUGUAGAAGCUAGUAACCUCUGUCUUCUGAGCCCUGAUAUCCUGGCUCUCUUGGAGAGACAGAUAAAAAAGAGAGGCGAUUUCCUGAAGGAAAAAGAAAUGAAAAAGGAGAAUUUCACUUCAAUAAUAGAAAAACAUGACUCAGCAGCCUCUAUCCCCUUUUGGGAUAUGGAAGGCAAACCAAAUAAACUUCAUAAUCAUCAAGAGUCCCCAUAUCCUAACACCUGUGGGGACCAUGUAAAUCAGGAACACAUCCAGCUCUUCUGGGGUCUCCCCUCUCUGCACAGUGAGUCCCUGAUGUCUACUAUCCUAGUUUCAGCUGGCUGUUCCUCAGCCUUUGUCUAUUUCAAUAGCAUUUCAAAUAUCCGCCCAGUCCAAACACAAGACAAAAAACCCCCAUUACUUUCUCAUCCCCUAUCUCUGUCCUUGCCUGAGAUUCAGCCUCAAACCUUGCCUGAGUCCCAGAAUCUGCAUCUCACUCAAGUCCAGCCCCAGGCUAACCUUCAAUCCCAGCUCCUACCACCUUCUCCACCCCAGACUAAAGGCCAGGAGGAGGAACAGCCUCUUACCCAAGAUGAAAUUCACCACCUGGAAUGGCAUGUGCUGCAGAAGCAAGUGGAAGGAUUAUGGGGUAUACCCUCAGUUGUCCAAAAUUCUCAGGAAGCCUUUUGUCCCUCAGCUCCUAAGUUUCCUCAGCACAACCGACCCUACUUGGCCCAGCCUCCAAAACCUAUCAUUCCUGGAAAUUUUCCUCUCAACAGUGAAGUACAAAAAGUUCUUGAAAAACACCUUAGAAAGAGGCUCAUCCAACACCGGUGGGGCCUGCCCCGCAGGAUCCUUGAGUCUCUCGCGCUAAUGCAGCCUCCAGCUGAAUUUCCAGAGGUAUCUGAAUCAAAGAGCACUUAUGGACUAUCAUGGAUCCAAGAUUUUAAGAGUCGGAGCAGUGUAGAUGUAAUGAAUGGAUUGAGAAAAAGGAGAAGCUUCUAUGAAAGAAGCCUAGAAUCACUUCGCCUAGAGAAGGACAUUAGGAAGGACCAGGUACAUAACUCAGAGAAUAUUUUUAAGGAUCAUAUGUCAAAAGACCGAGAAAGGUCUUCAGUUAUGGAUCUGGAGCUUGACUCUGAAAAAGAUCCAAAAAGUCAUAGGAUGAGUCUGUCAUGGAAUAAUUCAAAGGCCUCAGGGGUGAACCUAGGUCAGCAACAACUAGAAAAUGACUCAAAAAUACAAAUCGAGGGUAAGAUCCCUGAGGAUAGUUCAUGGCAUGCUGUCGAAAAGACAUUGCCUCUUACUGAGAUAUCCCACACCCAAAUGAAACACAGAAAUUUGGCACCAUUAAGGGAUAGGGAUUCCUACCAAAAUACUUCUCAGGAGCAUCCUUUUAUUGAUCCACUCACAAAACAGAGGCUAGGAGACCACGUUAAGUGUUCUCAUACGAGGAUGAAAGGGGGCCUGCCUUCCAAAGCCCUGGACUCCAUAAAAACCUUAAAAUCGACAAGUUCCUAUUGCAACUUGCCAGCAUCAACCACCUCUAUAUCUGGGACAGACUCCAAAAUUGACUUUUGCGAGCCCCCUGCAGAAGAUUGUCAAAUGUUUUCAGGAGACAAGAUAACAAAUUCAGUCCCCAUCAUAGAUGGCUCUCUCCCUGCCAUGUCACCUGUAGACAUGGAAGGUCAAGGGACCCUGAGACACUCACCCACUGACAUAAAUCAUGAGCGUACAGAAGGCUUCCGAAUAAUUAAGGAUGGCAGAGAGACUCCUGUAAGGUCUCUCAAACACAGAAACAUAGACAAAACAAGUCAGAGCAAGACUCUAAUACCUAAUAGACAUACCCCAGAGCUGCCCACAGGUCAAACUGGGACUGGACAUAAGCCAAAGGAUAACAGUACAAGUUCCAGGGAUACAGCAGGAAUAUCUCAGGGCAAAGGGAUGGUAGACAGGAAUUUAAAACAUUUUCCCAUGGCCAGCGUGUCCAGGGAGAUACUCAAGGCAAAGGACCUCUCUGGUCUUCAGUCACAAUCUAGUAGCACUGUAAGAACCAGAGAGCUGGGAAACUCCCAAAGGAAAAGUGUGAUUUCAAAUGAAGUAGAAACUAAACCAAUGACUAAAAGUCCCCAAUUGCCAACAACAUCAGUUUCUCAAAAUUCUGAUCCAUCAUACCUUAAACCGCAGUUGAUUAAUGAAUUAAAGUUUAAAUUGGAGGCCAGGAAAAAUAGACAGGCUCAAGGCUCCCCCACUAACAGGUUACCUGCUUCAGAUAGUUUGGCUCCCACUGACUCACAGUGGAAUGACUUACCCACACAUGCCCAGAGUAUGCCCAGUGGGCACAUGUUAGAUCACCAUGUGCUGCAUGUCCAUGUGGAAGACAAAGGGAUCAGCAUGGAGCAGCAACAGAAGCCCUGGGUCCCUAAACUCACCUUAGGAAAGUGUCAGGAUAAGAAUAUCCCCCCAGCUGCCAAGAGAGGGAAUCUUCAGGGAACCAAGGCAGAAGAGCUGGCAGGAGGAGAUGCAGGGUUGGGGACAUCUCAAACAAGAAGAAAAAGCCACUAUGCUCAUUACAAGGCAUUCAAGGAGGACUUUGGGAGCAAGGCCUCCCAGUCUCUGUCACAGAAAGGACAGUGUCCUCCUGAAAGUGAUUUCAGAAAAAAGAUGAACCACUUUUUGCAACAGCUUAGUGGUGGGAUAAAAUGGAAACGACUGGACAGUUCCCUGGAAAAAGACAGCUCCAUGCCAGCCUCUAUGCAGAGUGGAGCCCCAGAGAGAGGUAGAGCUGUUCUCACAGGGACCAAUCAAGGUCAGAAACUCAAGACAGAUGGAAGGUGCCGAAAGAAACUGGAGCAUAGGCAUGAAAUAGAUACCACCUGCCUCCAGGAGCCCCUUUGUACCCAUCUGAAUAAUGGGGAAACUCAGCACAAGGGGAAAGUGAAGGUCCAGAUAGGGCCUGUCCAGGGACAUCCUUUUAACUCCAGGGCUCCUGCCUAUAAAACAAGUACCAAGGCGUGCAGCCAAGAAGCUGUCUCUACUGGCCAGAGUUGUCUUACAAAUGCUGGACUGAUCAAGGACAGGAACAGACAACCCCAGAAAAUGAAGAUAUUCAAGGACGUAUCUUCUCAGGAGGUCUACAUCUCUUCCAGGCGCCCCCAGGUGCCUCAGCCCACCUACCCCACUGCCUAA